GUCCCGUCUCAAAGGUUGGGUCUGAAGCCUGCUUUCUCUCAUCAGUUAAUAUGUUUAAUGUGCUAUGUGAGAGAGAACCUGAUCGACCAGAUACCUUCUGAGCAAUGGAUCUAAACCAACUUUUCUGGCUCAAAAUAGUUUUCUUUCUGCUGGGCGUGUUCACCGUCGACACUUCUGGUCAGACAAUUUGUUCAUCCCUACGCUCAGUGAUCUUUCCAGAGAACAACGCUAUUGGUGCUACAGUCGUCGAAAUAACCGCUGAUGAAGGAGUCAGCCUUAAUAUUAUAGUAAAUCCUGAUAAUGCCUUUGGAAUAAAUGGCAAUUUGCUUGUGGCAAACAAAGUACUGGACUAUGAGGCCCUGCCUGUUGGUGGUGGCCUGACCGUUGAAAUACAGUGUACGAAGGAUGCACUGACUGAAACCCUACGAGUAUUUGUGACUGUGGAAAACAUCAACGACAACCCUCCAGUUUUUUCAAGUAACCGGUACACUCUGGAAGUUAAUGAGCUAUCCAAAGUUGAUACAACAGUGGGAAAAAUUGAGGCUACGGACCCUGAUGGAGAUCGGCUGUUCUACCGUCUGGAAUCUCCAAUGGAGGAAUUUGGGCUGCUGACAGACACUAACCCAGUAAUUCUGGUGAAGAAGGUUUUGGAUUAUGAUACUACUAAAGAUGUUACUCUGAAACUCUUUGCUCAGGACACGGCCUUAUCUUCAACAGUGACACCAUCUCAUACUGCCACCACCACCGUCAUUGUCACUAUCUUAGACAUCAAUAACCGACCACCAUGGUUCCAGCCUUGCACAGAGUCCACUGUUGGCACAACCAAAAUAUGCGUCACCUCUGGAUAUACAGGGAAUGUCAAUUUAAAUGAGCAAGCGGCUGGAGCGUUGACCCUGGAUCCUGGCCCAGUGCAUGCCAUUGAUGGAGACAAUGGAAGGAAUGACCCAAUCAAUUACAGAAUUAUUGGAGGAAAUAAUGAUGAAAUAUUCAGUAUUGAUCCGAACAGUGGAAGUAUUACAAUGCAGAAGCCAGUGGGUGUACACGGACCAAUCAUACUGACAGUCAUGGCAUAUGAGUUGGAGAACCCUGACCAGCUUGCCACCACAACUGUCAUACUACAAGUAGUGAUAAGUAGCAAGCACCCACCACAGUUUGUCAAACCCAAAUAUGAGGGUUUCAUCUCAGAGGACGCAGGUGUCGGCAGCAUAGUGCUAGAAAGCAAGUUCAGCAACAUACCUCUACGGGUUCAGGCCACAGAUGAAGACUUCUUGGACGGAGUAAAUCCUGGAAUUAAAUUUGAAGUUCUUGAAAACAGUGGCUUUAAAAUCACUCCAGAGGGCUUCAUCAUCAUGACAAGAGCAGCUUCACCUGGCACUGUGGACUUGCAAAUAAGCGUAGUUGAUACAACAAAUGGUGAAUCCAGCACAGCCACUCUCUCAGUAGAAGUCACUCCAGGAGUCUCCACUACAGACACGUACACCACAACCAAUAGCCCUAAUACCACUGUGAUGACUACAGCCAUAGCUACAAAUACUACCCUAACUACUAACAUGGCUACAAAUGCUACCACAGACACAGUCACACAGCUAACGGAAAGCACCUCCAGUCCAUACACCAUUACCACAAACCCUGAUACUACUCCUUACACAGGGCAGCCUUUGCCGUCGGGUGACUUCGCGACGGCGGACAUGGUAGCUCUGGGGGUGAGUCUGGCUGUAGCGCUGCUGAUCUGCUUCGUGGUUAUUGGUUUUCUGGCCUACCACCUCAGUCGCUUCAGUACAGACUGGAAGAAGUUAUCUGAGGCCAGCAUUUUCCGCAGCUCGCUGAGCGGGGGUUCAGGCGGGCCUAAAGAUGGUGUGCAGUACACCAACGAGGGUUUUCAGUCUGAUGGAGACACGGACAGUGUGACUUCGAAGCAGGCGGCAGAGUUGGCACUGCCGCGACGGCCAGGGCUGAGCCGCAGUGUUCCCGAGGUGCUGGAGACACAGCGCAGCGUUCCGACUACACAGAGCAGGAGCAGCAAUGAUAACUCCACUCUUCCUACAGACUCCAGCAGCCAGAAUGCCUCAGACAACACAGAUAAUGAGAAAGAGGUGAAACCCAUCCUCACCAAGGAGCGGCGCAUGGAAGACGGCUACAAAGCCGUGUGGUUUAAGGAAGACAUUGACCCUAACGACAAGGACGAAGUGGUCAUAUCUGACAGAGACCAGGAUAUUGACCAUGAGGAUGAUGAUCAUGAUGAUGAUGAUGAUGAUGAUGAUCAUGAUGAUGAUGAUGAUAAUCAGGAAGAGGAGGAGGAGAAUUUAUGAUUUACAAUUUAGAAUUUAUAAAUAUGUUUUUUAUUUUUUAUUUUUUUAUCUUUGUAGUGUGCGUUUUCCUUAUACCUUUCUAAAUAUACAAGCACACUGUUAUAGUGCAAUAUCUAUUCCAUGUAUGAUCAUAAUAGUUUCGGGAAAUAUUAACUACCUAAUAACAUUAUAGAAGAGUUUGAGCUAGAGCUAGUGUAGCUUUGCAAAUCAUUUAUGGCCUUCUUCUAUGUCAUUAUACACAAAGGGACAGUAGGAGGAUAAUAAAUGUGAAGGUUAUGACUUACUGAAUCCGUGCUUAUGUAGUACCCGUAUGUUUGCCUUAGAAACCUUCCACUGUGUCCCUGUGUUUAUAUGAUAAGGUACGCUGACGUGUAAGAGUCGUUUGAUAAAGAAAACGAGGGCCCUUUGACCACAGAUCAUAAAAUCGAUAUCUAAUAAUAGUACAUGCCUUAUCACAGAGAAAAUGGCCUUUAAUCAUUUCUCUGUGAAACACCUGCUUUAUGACCUAUUUAUCCUGUAUUGAUAUUUAGCCUAGUGAUGAGAUUACUUAAAGAGGUUCGUCAAAAUGUUCAUAUGAAUGUAAUAUGUAAUAUUAAAUUGACAUUAAAUGUUAAUAUUGGCUGAGGGCAGUUUUUUUAGGAGAAGAAAAGCUUCUCUUUUUUUUUCUUUCUCAGACACCAGCAGACACGGUUGUGCCUGGCACAUUUACUGUUUCUUUUCUUUUUUUCUUUUUUUUUAAGCCGAUGAGAAAACAGCAGACUGCCUGAGACCCCCUGGGUGUUGUGUAUCAUAAUAAUGAGGCAAAUGAUGAGUGAAAAAGGAAUCAGCUACAUUUACAAACAGCAGUAAAUUGAAACAGAGAUCAUUCAUUAGCCUGAUCAGCAUGCACGUCGAAUGCCACAGUGAACACGUUAUUGUUUGAAUCAUUUGUGUAUAACGUUGUAUGAAUGAUGUAUAUUCAGAUUUGACUUGUGUUUUUGUUGAAAAUGAAAAAUAAAUCUGUUUCUCAGUCAA